UGACAUUUGCCGUUGCGGUCUGGGACGGUAAAGAGAAACAGGUGUGCGGCUUCCCGAAACGAGCGCGCGCACGCCUUUCCUUUUUUUUCUCUUCUUUUCUUCACGGUUCGCUCGCCUAGGUGAAAAUUCGCCCUCAGUCAUCCUCUUAGCGGGACAGGGAGAGGAGGGAGGAGGGAGACGGUUUGUCACUUCGUUUCAUUAUAGUUUCGGCUGCGUUUUUAGCAAGCUUUUUUUUUUUUGGAACAAGGGGGAGCCCGACCGGCUCGCUCGUGAAAAGGAAGAGGAAGCUCAUGGCCACCAAGAAGCCGUGCUCGGAUUUAACCAAAAGGAGUCGAAGUCCGGUCGUGCUCGAGGCCGAGAUGUUUAGUGAAUUUCAGGAGUGGUGCCUCCGGACUUACGGCGACUCGGGUAAAACCAAGACAGUCACGCGCAGGAAAUACAACAAAAUCAUGCAGACGCUGUUGCAGAACGAAGACACGGACGGCGUGUACGUGGACAACAGUCACAUCAACGCCAAAUUCAAGUUCUGGGUGAGAUCCAAAGGUUUUCAGGUCGGAAGCAAUGUCCUGGGCGAGCACAACCAGAAAGGCGCCCCGGGGAAGCCCGUGCUCUACGUCCCGGUCAAAUCAACGUGCUCUGACAGCGGACAGUCACAGGACAGUUCUCUGAAGCGCGUGGCAGUGGUGGAGGAUUUCUUCGACAUCAUCUAUGCCAUGCAUGUGGAGAUGGGAGCGGAUCCAGGAAGAGCACCCAAACACGCUGGCCAGAAAAAGACUUACAAAGCGAUUGCAGAGACAUACGCUUUCCUUCCCCGCGAGGCUGUGACCCGCUUUCUGAUGAGCUGUGGGGAAUGCCAGAAGAGGAUGCACAUCAACCCCAGCACUGCAGAGUUCAAAGAAAAUGACCGACCCACCUCACUGGUCCCAGACCUCAUCGACUACAACAUGCCUCUUACUGCCACCUACCUGAAACAGAUGAAACUGCAGUGCAUGAAUACCAACGAACAGGAUGAGAGUUCGGUGAGCAGUGAAGACUUGGAUAUGGCUGAGCCAGCAUGGGGCUCUACUGAGCGCGCGCCAGCAGCAGCGCCCAGCGGCACUCCUGAGCCACGACCAGAGAGGAAGACCACGCCCCCUCAACCCAGCAUUAAAGAGGAGGAAGAUGACUCCUCUUCUGAGAGUGCCAGCACUAAUGGCCUUCCUUCCCUUGCACCUCCCACCGGUGCUGCCGUGGUGACAGCAGGCAUUUCUGUGACAGAUGGCAUGGUUCCAUAUGAAGAGGUGACUAGCAAUGGAACCACAGCACCACUGGACUUCAGCACCACCUCAUCCUCGUCAUCCUCAGAGGAAGGCCAGCAGCCUCUAAACCUGAGUGACAGGCUGGUGCCGGGCGUUACUCCCACACUUGCCCCAUUCCCUGCCGAUCCUAACAGGAAGCACACAAUCAAGACAGAGUAUGGCAACAAGGUAACGUCUCCUCAGUAUAGCUCAGGAAGCUACGACUCGGUAAAGACUGAAGCAAGCAUCUGUGCCGAAGACUUGAAUACGACACGCACUCAGGUCAUGGAUGAUGACGAUGAUGAUCAUGAUGACCAUGACGACAGUGACAAGAUUAAUGAUACAGAAGGUCUAGACCCCGAGAGACUCAAAGCUUUUAAUAUGUUUGUACGGUUGUUUGUGGAUGAGAAUCUGGACCGAAUGGUGCCCAUCUCUAAGCAACCAAAAGAGAAGAUUCAGGCAAUCAUUGAGUCCUGCAGCCGCCAGUUCCCAGAGUUCCAGGAGCGAGCUCGAAAACGCAUUCGCACCUACCUCAAAUCUUGUAGACGCAUGAAGAAAGGGGGCUUUGAGACACGGCCAACCCCACCACACCUUACCUCCGCCAUGGCUGAAAACAUCCUGGCAGCUGCCUGUGAGAGUGAGACACGCAAUGCUGCCAAGAGAAUGCGCCUUGACAUCUACCAGAACCACGACGAGUCUAUUACUGCAGACAAAUCAAACUCCAGAGACCCAGCCGCUGUGGCCCACUCAGGCUUCUCAUUGGCUGCCUCAGCCUACUCCCAAGACCAGCUGUACACCAAUGGGGGCCUCAAUUACAGUUUCCGUGGUUACGGAGCCCUAGGCAACAACCUGCAAAGCAGUGCAACAGCACAGAGCAACGGUCCCACUGACUUGAGUAUGAAGUCUGUAGGUUCCAGCUCCUCCUCCUCUAGCUCUAACAGUCACGGUCAGGGCGGUGGAGGCGGAGGAGCGUCAGCACAGCUAAGCCCGCCUGAAGUCACGGCAGUGCGGCAGCUCAUCGCCGGUUAUCGUGAGUCCGCCGCCUUCCUGCUCCGCUCAGCUGACGAGCUUGAAAACCUCAUUCUACAGCAGAACUGACCAACCACCCCCUAAACCCCCCCCCACACACACACAUAUACACAUACAUAUGCACAUACACAGUCAUACACUCACAAAACACACAAUCAGAUACAUACAUGAAUUGGGAUAUGCACACAGCACAUUAAAAUGUAUAUGUAGCUACAUGGCCACAAGCAGUUGCACAGAUGUACUACAAAUAGACACAUGUACACACAUAAACACACACAAGCACACACAUACGCAUACGUGCACAGUGUCCCCAAUAUUUAUAGAGCUACCUACUACAUUCUUCAUGAUAGCCUUAUUGUUAUUAUAGUGUCUUUGCCCUAAUCCCUUUGCCCUCAGUUAGAUUUGUUACAGGGCACAACUCUCUGUACAAGGCUUCGAUAAACUACUGUUCUCUUAAUGCCAAAGGCCAUGAUCUGAGAAGGCCUAAUCUCUGAGACUGUGCAGUUACAUGACCAAUACAGGCUUGAUUUUGAAAUGAUGUCACUGUACAGAGCACAAUCCAUGAUGCAAAAGCCAUCCGAUGGACGACUACAGAGGAACACUGCAGCACUUGUGGGAGAUAGAUUAGCAUAAUUCUACACAAUCAGUUUGGUAUAACACAGUAUUGCGAGUGUGACUAGAGCAAACAGAUUAUGCCAUUUCCUGUGCAUCUAGUUUGUAUCAUUACCAUCCUGCAGUCAGAGACCAUUAUUAUUUUUACAGUUGGAGAUUAUAGGGUGUGGGAUCCUUUGUAGCCCCAUAGAUAGUUACACCAUAGGUUAUGCACUUAUGUGUGAAUGUAAUUUAAUUUAAUUCAUUUUAAUUUAACUUAAUGAAACUUAAAAAAAAAAAACAAUAUAGGCACAAACGAAUUGUCCAUAUUUAUUGGUAAGGCAAACUUUUUUUUUUUUCUUGUUCCAGUCUGCUCUUAGUCAGCUAUGUGACAGGUUUACAUUCAAGAAAGGGUUGAAUGAGUUGAGAAGCAGCCACACCAAAAAAUAGAGCACAGAUUAUCCUAAUCUGGUUUUAUUCAGAUAGACAUCCAAGUACAAAACUAGUACAAGUUUGCCCAACCGCUGCUGGUGCACAGUCUGUAUAUUCAAGCCGUAGUUAGCUUCAUAAAAAGUGAAUCCAGGGGUAUGUUUUAAACAGGCCGCAAUAUACAGGAUCCAGCAUCAGGUGGACCAACCAAAAAAAUCUGUAUGAAAAUGUUCUGUAGAAAAAAUAACACCCUUAAAAACUCGCUCAAAUUAGGUUUGAUUUUUUUAGCAAUUAUUUAUUUAUUUCAAUAAGUUGCACAUGGCUUAAACAGAUAUGAUAUAUAUAAAAUUCUCGAACAGACUGAAAUUCAUUACCAUAUAUAUACUUUUUUACAGUAUAGUAUCUUGCAUAGUUAUUUUACCCACUUAAACUUUUUGUAGCGAAGAAUUCCCUUUCAAAAUUUAGUCAUCUACCAAUUCCCACCUUCCAGCCAGCUCUCUCUAUCAUACUGUGAAGGGUAAAAGCUAACAUGUGCUUCUUAUUAGACAUGUAAAGCCAUGUCUCCCCACCCAGAGCACAUGGGAAAUAUUGUUCCCUUGACUCUGGGCAUUGACUGUGGCGUUGGUGGAAUUCAUACUGACGAUCUUCUAACUGUCAUUAGUUUAUAUUUGGCUCUUUUUAUCCCUAGUGGAAUAACAGAGACUGGACCUUUUCUCAUAUUUAUGUUUAAUUAUGGUCCACAAAUCGAUUUUAAUUCAGCACAUGGAUUUAAAUUCACUUUGUGGGCUGGAUUACAAAAAAAUUGUUGUCCCACUGCCUCCCCACAGGCUGUAUAUAUGUCUACAAGAUGUAAACAGCAGACCCAGUAGGAAAUUAUUAGCCUAUAAGUUUAUAAAAUUGCCAUAGAGACAAACCUUUAGUUUAUACUGGAGAUACCAUCAAAAAUAAAUCGGGGAAUUUGUUUAAUAUCUAAUAUUUGAUUAAUGCUACUGAGUUUGGGGGUAAGGUGCAAUGUAUAUGAUAGGCUAAUAUUUUUAGUGCAGUGUGUGAAAAUUUCACACACUUUUCACAACAUAGUUAAAUUCUUUACAUACGUUUAUUCUUUCUCAUAUAUAAAAACAAAACAUACAAACAAAAACUAUAUUUAAUGAUUUGAUUGAUGUUGCCUGCUACAGAUUUAUAAAUUUAGUCAAAUGGGCAUGUCAAGACUGUUGGACAUUAUGCAAAUGAAGCUGCGCUGAGAUACUUACACCCCCGCUCUCGACCCCUCCUACACACCCCAUUGCCUUUGCAACCCUUUAUCCUCAGCACUGCAAUGAGUUCUGGGAAAUGAGCUCACAAAAACAAAAAAAAAAUUAAUAAAAUAAGACAAAAGACUGCAUUUCCCAUGCUGCAUUGCAAACAAAUUUUGUUAAGUUGUGAAUGCUGCUCUUGUUUUCUAACCUCAUAACUAUGUCACUUUCAUACUGCACGGGGACCAAUAAGAACCAUCUGAGGAACUUAUUUAUGUACAUAUGCAUAACUGUUUAAGCAAAGGGACCUAAUUAUCAGUGGAAAUAGGCCAAAGCUUAAAAAAAAAAAAAAAAAAAAAAAACCCACCGUACUACGUAUGUCAUAAUUCAUGUGAUGUCAGUCUUACCAGAUAAAAGGGUUUUGAUUGGCUGGUCACCUUAGUGAUUUUCCGAAUAAUUUGAGGUUCAACACUUACAUCUCCUACUCCUGUCAUCAAAACUCAUUUGUUCAUUUGAGUGAUGUAGUGCACAUAGCUAUUUUACACCACGUACUCAGACACCGAGCCCCCUUUUGCUUGUCUCACGCCACCCUUGUUAAUUUCAAAACAUUCAGUUGAAAGUUAGUUCAGGCCUCGCACAACAAGACACUGUAUUAAAUAAAGCAAAAGACAAUCCUGGAAAAGUUAAGCAGUGUAAAGUUAUUUAAGCUAUGUGUUUCAAGCCUUCAAGUGGAAUAACAACACUCCAACUGUUGUAGCCAUAAUCAGAAAGAAAAUUAAUAUGAACCAGAAAUCUAUUCCUACUGGGGGUGUCAGGUAAGCGGAGCGAUGCAUUUCCACUGGUUUACUGUAAUUGUUUAUUUUAAUCUAAUGUGUGUGUAAUUUCUAUUAUUUUCAAUUCUAUAUAUGUCUGGAAGAUUUAUAAAGUCUUUACGUAUGCCUCUAAAGGGAACUGACACAAUGUAGACACAAAAUUACACUUUAGCCAAUUCUGCGUAUAACAGGGAAUUCAGACACGCAGAAGAAUACAAUCUCACAAAGACCAUGCAGGAAUUACAUCAGAUUACAUCUUAAAAUUAUUUAAAAUAUUUAAGCACUUUAUGGCUUGUUUAAUUUAGUAAAUGUCUUAAAUCUGGAAUCAAGAAUUAUAAUAUUGGAAAACAUAUGUUACUGUACGCUUUACUGCUUCAAGUAAUUUAUUUAUUUGUUGAACAUUUAUUUAACACAGAGAAGGCGAAAUGUCAUUAUUCUUAAAGAUGCACAUGUUUUAGCGAGACCGGCAUUCAAACAGAAAGUGGAAGUGGUAUCCGUUGUCAGACACCGUGAGAAACAGUUGAUGAAGGGAUCAGUUUGAUUUCCCAUGCGUGUUUUAGCGAGACCCGCGUACUGAAUAAGGAGUGUAUAGUGAUUCGAACACAUAACAGUGCUGGUAUGUCCACUUGCUCUACACGAUCGUUUCUGUUCUGUUUUCUUUAGUGAGAUUUCAUGUGAAAUAACGUAAUGUAUUUAUGUUCGUAUGUUGUUUGAGAACAAGGUCUGAGAGCUGUGUAACUCUUCACAAAGAAAAAUGCAAGACACAUCUAAACAAACAUGCUCAAAAACACACAUCGAAAAAAUUUAAGCUUUGGAGGUAAAAAAAAAUGAAGAAGAAAUGCUAUGACUUAUUUUUUUAUAAGUGCAGCAGAGGUCUGCAAUCAAAAUGUGGUAACAACCAUUGCCUGUGUUCUUUUCAUUUGUGGUGCUUUGUAAGAUUAUUGUUAUUGUUCUUACUAUGAUUAUUGUAUUUGAUUUGUUUCUACUCCUGUACCUGCCUGGAAACUGUAGGCUGAAGCCUGGUUUCUCUUUGUAUACCAAUGUGAAGCUUUGUAUUAUUUUUUUCUGGUUCUGACUCAGUGGAAGUGUGUGAUGUUUACAUGUACAGAGGAUUAGAUUCUUUUUGUUGUUAGUUAAUUUUUUUCUUUUUGUUGAAGACCCACAUACCCAGCCUCAGUUUGUGACUUCAAGUUGUUUCUUUAAUCUUGUGCAUGGAGGGGCAAUGUUAUGUAAGAAAGUUAUAGAGACUUGGUUAAACCACUGUUAAGGUCCUUGCACACUUAAAAUGCAUACAGUGAUCAUUUGUGACUGUCUGUCGUCGGUUCACGUUAGUGUCCCAGAGCGUGAGAAAACUCUCAUUGUGCUUUUAUUCCUCAAGACAUUGGUCUAGUACAACUGUUAUAGAAGCCUGUUUUCAUUUGCAGGUGUGUGUUACCUCUCUGUUAAACACUGUUCAGUUUUUUUGCACUUGAGAAGUGUGUUACUUCCUCAGCAGUAGUUCAGAAUGAAUCAGGGUUGGGAUCCAUGUGCAAGGGCCUUGAGAGGCGACGUUUCAGUCCCUGAUGGUGGAUGAUGGUGCUGGAUCAAAAAAAAAAAAGCAGAGAGAGAGAGAGCUUCUUAUCAGCUCAAAGUGCAACACUAGUUGUCCUCCCCAUAAUAUUCCACAAUGGACCUGAUGGUUAAUGAUUUUUAUUACUACUUUCACUAAGACUUGAAAUAAAUAUUGUACAAGUAAAGCCAGUGAUAUAGGGGAAAGCAUAGCCUCUGUCAAACUGCUCGAGUCAACUAAAGAUUUUCAAUCUGAUUAAGGCCUGCUAUGUUUGAAUUUGCACUUUGACCUUUUGUAGAAGCUUCUCAGCGAUUUUAAAAGCCAUUCCCCUCAUGUUGUUUGCCCAUAUGGGGAACAUAGGAACCUCAGGAACUGUUGAAUCUCUGAGUUUUUUUUUUUUUUUUUUUUUAAAUCCAGGCCAAUAUGUCCUGAUUGACCAGUCCUCGUGCUCUCUCUCAGCUACCACAUCAUUUAUAUUGAAUUUGCUAUAUAUCCUUUUUAUAUUUAUUAUUGUGAUUUUAAAGUGGAUCUUCUUUUCAGUACAUGUGGCUGAAUAUUUUAAUUCUUUAGAAAAGUGUUGAUAAAUAUAAAUAUAUAUCUGAAUAUAUGUGAAGCAACUAAAAGAUGGAAAACAUGGCAGGUAUAUCCAUUUGUUUGUUUCAUGCAAAAAAAAAGAAGAAGAAAAAAAGACUUGGGUGGGAGGGUUUCCCACCUUUUACAUAUCACUUUGAUGAGAGACUCAUUAUUGUCUAAAAAAAGACUUUUUACAUUUUCAACGUGGUGUCAAUGUUACAGUCUGAAAAACUGUCGGGUUUUCCACCUGCUGCAAAGUUGCUAGUUCCUUUCCUCCAGAGGUGUGUGUUACUGAGUUGCUAAAUAAAACAGU